GUGAAGUUGGGGGGGUGGGGGGGUGUACGGUGCGUCGUCGCCAUGCGACUCGACCAGAACGACACACUGCAAACAAGAGUCAGACAAUUUGUUAUGUCGCGUUCAAACAGUAUUUUAUCUACUACGAAACCCAAAAGGAGCGCAAGUCACCACGUGAUUCAAUUAUUUACCUGGGUUGCCCCCGCUCUCCAGUUUCGUUUGUAUUGUUUCAGGAGUCUUCUAAACUUGCACGGUAGAAACGCGUGAAAAGACCUGGGUUUAAAGUGGCACUCGCUCUUGUAUAAGCAUGGAGAGAGAGAGCGUAAAGGAACGGGCCGCCGGGACCGAUUUGGACAGGGACCAGCAGUAUUGUGAGCUUUGUGGAAAGAUGGAAAACCUGCUUAAAUGUGGACGGUGUCGGAACUCUUUCUACUGUAGUAAAGAACACCAGAAAGCGGACUGGAAGAAGCACAAGCAGUUUUGCAAAGAGGCCGAGAAACCUCAGUGUCAGCCACAGCCCGAAUCAACACAACAGCCCGCACGGACUGCGAAAGGAGGGCAAGACAAGCAGCUAAAAAAGAAAAGCACAGAACAACAGAAUAAAACAGCUUCUCAGAGCACCACAAACACUGGGUUUUCAAAUCCGCCUGCAGAUGGCGAAAGAAUUAAAGAUUUGAUCACUUCAGCAACUAGCUCGGGUAGUGUGUCUGACAGCAAGCAGUCUGGGGAAGGAAUUAAACUCAGGUCUAAGACCAACGGACAAACGAUGUCCCCCCCGCAAAAACUGGCUAUGGACUAUAUUGUUCCAUGUAUGAAUAAGCAUGGCAUUUGUGUUGUUGACAAUUUUCUUGGAGAAGAGACAGGACAGAGUAUUUUGGAGGAUGUGAGAGCCCUCCACAAGACUGGUAAAUUUACCGAUGGGCAGUUGGUUAGUCAAAGAAGUGACUCCACUAAAGAUAUACGAGGAGACAAAAUAACCUGGACUGAAGGAAGAGAACCUGGUUGUGAGAAGAUAGCCUUUCUCAUGAGUCGCAUGGAUGACAUGGUCCGACACUGUAAUGGUAAACUGGGAAACUACAGAAUAAAUGGAAGGACGAAAGCCAUGGUGGCCUGUUACCCAGGCAACGGGACUGGGUAUGUGCGUCACGUGGAUAACCCUAACGGCGAUGGGAGAUGUGUAACGUGUAUUUACUAUCUCAAUAAAGACUGGGAGGCUAAGAAACACGGAGGAAUCCUGAGGAUUUUCCCAGAGGCCAAGGCGCAGUUCGUCGACAUCGAACCCAAGUUCGACCGCCUGCUCUUCUUCUGGUCGGACCGGCGGAACCCCCAUGAGGUGCAGCCGGCAUACCACACCAGGUAUGCCAUAACAGUGUGGUAUUUUGAUGCCGAUGAACGAGCUCGGGCCAAGGAGAAAUACCUAACAAGUAAGAUGGAGUCCUGGGCACGUAUUCAUAAAACAUCUCAAAGUGCAGGGGAAAGGGGAGUAAACGUAGAAUUGAACAAGCCGUCGGAUCUGAGCUAAUAUGAGAGAAACGUCCUGCCAUCACCUGCUGCUGCUGUGGACAGAUGGGGAAAGAGGGAUGGAAAAAGGAUGGUGGGAUGAAGAGGAGAGAGACGAAAGAAACCAACUUGGACUACUCCGCUUUCUUUAUACUUUAAUAUCCAAAGUUGACACACACAACACACACAGACCCUGAAUGUGAUGUCAUUGCACUGCAAGGAAUCAUCAUUAUUUGCCAAGUUUCUGUUUUUGCUUAUUGCUUUGAUUUUUGGGCUUUAUUAUGUGAAUAAUGCUGGUGUAAAAAUGAGCUAUGGAGAAAAAUAAUAUCUAUUAAGUGAACCGAAUGGGGGGGAAAAAAGAGAAUAUUGUUGUGAAUUUUGGGGUCAUGAAAGAAGUGUACCCAUAUGUACUUAUCUGUCAGACGGGUUGUCAUGGUCUCCAUCGGAUGGAUCUCUCACUGUUAUAAAAAAAAAAGGUACAAAAGACUGUCCCUCGACAGGAGGUUGUGACACACUGUCCGGCUAUUGCCUGAUGCGCAGUAUAGGGCCGACUCACAGUACUGCGCUAAUUUGGAUACUUUCUUUUCACAUGAUCCUUUGCAUCACAAUUCUAGUAAAUGAGGAUGAUGAGUAACCACGCCAGACCAGUACAGUACAACUAGUCUCGGCCCGGUUUGGCUUAGUUGAGUGAAAAGGCUAUUAAUAGCUUGAGCUGCACUGACUCGAAUAAGAUAGAAGUUUUCAAUUUUUUUUGCAAACAGCGGUACUGAUUUUCACAUUGCAGGUAUAUGUUGACUGCGGUGCUGUUCUGUGUCCUGGCACUCAUUGCUUGGUAACUGGGUCUUGUUCAUUAGGCACCAAACAGAAGAAAAUGGACUGAAACUGACAUGCUCGUUUUCCGUUGCUAAACAGUUUUAAAAGUUUUCCUUGCGUGCCCUAAUGAACACAUCCUGACCUGCGAUCAGUGAUCUGUCUGUUGUUGCAGACGUUAAUAUCACCUUUGUCUUAAAAACCAAAAGCUGACACCUACCUAUUAGCCUUGCAGUGACCUUGCAGUUCUGAAGUAGACUUUUUUGGAAAAAGGUGGGUUUUGUAAGUGCAUUUUGAGUCUACUGCUGUAUGGGAUCGUCAUUACAGCGUGUGUGUGUGUGUGUGUGUGUAUCUGCACGUAUGCAUGUGUGCGAUUCCUUCUCUAGCCACUGAGCAGAGCCGAGGUUGAAAGUGAGUGAGAGAGACUAAUAAUACCUGACUAUUCUCUCUGGCUAUACACCAUCGCCAUCAUGUGGUCACAUCUGACCUAGCGGUUAAGAGCGUUGGGCUAGUAUCCGAACGCUCGCUGGUUUGAAUCCCAGAGCUGGGGUGGAAAAAUACGCCUUUCUGCCCUUGAGCAAGGCAAUAACACCCAACAACAACUGCGCCGUUGACGUCGAUUAAGGCAGCCCCCCGCACAUCUCUGAUUCAGUGGGGUUGGGUCGAACGCAUUCAGUUGUGCAACUGAUUAGGUUGUCCAUUUCUCCAUCCACCCUAAAACAUACCACAGAACCCUUGCAUGUGAUUAUGUUCAAACUGUAUUUAUUUGCCAUUGAUCUAUUCAUUUAUCAAUAAAUCAGUUGACAAUAAAUAAGACAACAUUUAGAGAACAAUGUAUGUAUGUAUUGUUUGCAUCAACUUUAAAAUAUAAAUUCCAGUAUGUAAUUACAGACGUUUCAAUUGGUUCCAUUGUAAAGGGCAAGCUCAAUCAAGCACAGCUGAAAUAUACUUUUUUUCACCCAUGUCUGAAUAUAUCCCUUCAUUGCAGUCUCCUCAGGAGCUUCUCUUCCCAGGCCAUGUCUCACAUUACAUCCACAGGAAAGCCAAGGACCUUUUUCUAGUCCCUACUCUUUUGGUGUUUACAAACGUAUGAAGGAAUAAAAUAGGUGCAAGGAAUAUGGAGGAAACUCCCCAAAUAAAUGUUGACGGCUCUGCCAACACUGUUUACGUAACAACAAAUGACAGUCGCUGUACAGAGCUGUUAGAUAGAGGUUGAGUGAAUAGCAGAGUCUGGCUUGUUCUGCUCUAACCAGGAGUAUGGUCCCUACUAUUAGGAGCAGGGCAGGGGCCCACCUAUUGCAUUCAGAAAAAACACCAAGAUGAUUCAUGAUUUGGUAGUUGUUGGCUUUCGAGUUUACAUCAAGGGCAACCAAGAAGACAAAGAUCAGAUGAGAAAUGUUCCGCCAAUGACCGUCACCUUGUCUUCAGACAAAUUCCACUUGAGGUAUUCAGUGCACUUGGCCCAAGGAUGCUGGAGAUGGAGGUGAUGGCCAAAGCUACAACCCCACUGUAAUGGGGAAACAGAACAAUUGCCAGUGUGGACAUCAUCCACCCUGCCACUCCCAGGGUGUUGACCACAAACUCCAUCCAACUCUGCUUCAGUGGGGCUUUAGGAGGUAUUGGAGGGGUAGACAGUUCUGUACAGCAUGGUCCCCCUGGUCAGGUGCAAGGCUGAGGCCCCCCAGCCGAUGUAAAGCCCUCAGCUCACUCCUCUGGGAGAUCAAUGGGUUGUGGGAGUUUCAGAUUAUGUUUCUAGCUAUCCAGGAGAAAGGGAUGAGGAACAGAGUUUCAGUUAGAAUGAACAGAAUUCCGUUAAUCAUCACUAUGGCCUUAAACUUUUGACUCUUGAUGUGGUUAGAACCCCCGACAUGAUGGAGAUGAUGAUCAGGGCUCUGGAGGCCUGCAGGUCCUGAGGUAAGGCCAGCAUGGAGACGUAGACCUUACACUGCAUCUGGCCUGUGCUCUUGGUCACACAUCUCAUCCACAGGCCCUCCCAGAUGAAAAGGUUGUCUCCUGUGGUUAUCUCUAUCCAAGUGGGGAGUGUGCAGACCACAAUGGUCAUGUUAAAUCCUAUGACUUUCUGUCCAUGCCCAUCAACAUGCUCUCUUCUACAUCUGCCCUUUCUGGAGGAAGGGUGAUACAGUAAAAAGCCCUCUGUCUGCUUUACUGUGGUGUCAAAAAUUAGGGUGUCACGGAAACACAAACAAUUAAUAAAGACGUGGUUGUACAUUUUCA